ACACCUUAUAGUAUUAUUCAUGAGUGUAACACGAAGCUCUGUUUACUAAUAAUAGAGACUACAGUACAUGAAUAUGAUAAAAACGCUUCUUUUUUGCAAUUGCUUGCUUGAAUUCUUGUCUAAGUCAUGGAGACAGAUGAUGAUAGAAAGCUUUAUGAGUUACAAGAGUAUGAUAAUGAUGGUGGCUUCCCUGAAUCUUAUGAUGAAGUAAUGAAGAUUCCUGACAAACCUACAGGAGGGAAGCUACAGUUGGUUGUAAUAGGAAUACAAGUGAUACAACUGAUUGUUAUUAUUGUAGCUGCAAUUGCUAUACUGUAUCAGUUGUACGGUAAUACUUCCUGUGAUUGCUCUCCUAAUGCUUUUGUUACUUCAAAUGAUAAUGUCCUCACUGAUCUUGCUAAUACCAGCACUAAUACACAGUAUGCUGUGAAAGAAGUGUCUCAGAUUAUUUUAGCAGAGAUAGAGAGGAGGUUGAAUGAUACAGCAAUGUUGAAUGAGCUCCUAAUAUCUACUGAUGUAUCUACUCAAACAAUGCUCAAUGCUAUAAUUGAUGUCACCACUCUUGCUAAUGCUACUAAUGGUGCUGUUGAUACUUCAACUGAGUCUGUUCUCGAUGCCAUUUUCAAUGUUGCUACUCUUGCUAAUGCUACUAAUGGUGCUGUCGAUUUUUCCACUCAAUCUGUUCUCAAUGCCAUUUUCAAUGUCAAUCGUGUUGCCAAUAUCACUAAUGAAAAGCUCUCUAGUCUCAUGACAGCUGUUGAGAACAUUUUGAUCAAAAUUGGAGCAAAUUUUGCCGAGGAACGAGAAUACCAGUUUAACAAUACGGAGUUAUUGAAUCGUCUUCUUAAUGGAACUAGUGCAUCUGCUUCAAAACUAAUGAACAUUGUCAAUACUCUCUCUAAUCUACAAGACACCAGUACUUCUACUGCUGGAGUGGCUGAUGAUAUACUACUAAUAGCACAAGAACUACUGGAGCUACACAAUGAAUCAGCUGCUUUACCUACCUCUUGUAAGCAUCUACUAGAACAACAACCACUCAGUCCAUCAGGUUAUUAUAUACUGGUAGGACCUACUGGAACAUAUUCUACAUACUGUAAUAUGGGAACAUUGUGUGGUUCAGGAGGAGGAUGGACAAGACUAGCAUAUCUGGAUAUGUCUGAUGCUACACAGAACUGUCCUUCUGGAUUGAGGUACUACCAGUCAGGAGGAGUUAGAGUUUGUGGUAGGACUAACAGUGCUUCUGGUUGCAGUAAUUCUGUUACAUACCCAUCUAAUGGUAUCAGUUAUUCUCAGAUAUGUGGUAGAGUAACAGGAUAUCAAUGGGGAUCACCUAAUGGUAUUGAUGGACAAAAUAAUAUUAACGCAAACUAUCUUGAUGGUGUUAGUAUCACUCGUGGGUCUCCUCGUCAACAUGUCUGGUCUCUGAUAGCAGAAGUUUAUCCAACGCUAUGUCCAUGUGCAAGUGGCAGUUCUCAAUCAGUCCGUUCUUUUAUGGGCAAUGAUUAUUUCUGUGAGUCUGGAAAUCCUAGCUCUAGUAGUUGGGGCAACACUCUCUACACAGCUGAUCCACUCUGGGAUGGUCAAGGUUGUGGUGGGGCUGAAUCACCUUGUUGCAAUGCUACUGGUAUCCCAUGGUUUCACAGAGACUAUGGUAGCAAUACCACUACUGACUAUAUUGAGUUUAGGGUCUGUGCUGAUACUAGUUAUUUUGAUGAAGAUAUUCCCCUUAGCUUUUAUGAGAUUUACGUAAAAUAGAAACUUAUGCUUCUUAGUAGUGCUUUUAGAACACUUAGGCCAAACUUAUGUUGUGCUGUGUAAUCUACUUAACAUUUUUUUUGAUAGAAAAAUUGUUUUAUUUAGAGUGA